AUGGCCGACACACCACCACCACCACCUCCUAAAAUCGAGUCUAACUCGCCCUAUUACCUUGGACCUCGAGAUCGUUCGGGUGAUUUUAUAACUUCUCAAAGACUUAAACUUGACAAUUACAAUGAAUGGUCUCACGCUAUCUAUAUUGCAUUAUCUUCCAGACGCAAAUUUGGUUUUCUUGAUGGCACAAUCACGAGCUAUGCUCCUCCUUGCACAAAGGAUGAUUGGGUUACGAUACAUUGUAUGCUCGUAUCGUUGCUUAUGAACACCAUUGACCCUGAAGUUCGUUCUACGCUUUCGAACUAUGACAAUGCUAAAAAGCUAUGGGAUGAUUUGCAAGAACUCUUUGGACUUGUGAAUGGCCCUCGUAUACAACAAAUAAAAUCAGAAAUCAGUCGGUGUAAGCAGCCGAAAUCCAUGCAUGUUGCGGUUUAUUUUAGCAAAUUAUCGGUCUUAUGGGAUGAGCUUGAUAAACAUGAACCUCUAAUCAAUUGCAAGUGCGGCAAGUGUACAUGUGAUAUAGAAAAGCAGCAUAUUGCACGGCGCGACGGUGACCGACUCCAGCAAUUCUUGCUCGGGUUGUAUUCGGAUUUCUAUGCCGCCUUGCGCUCCACUCUUCUUUCUCAAGAUCCCCUGCCUUCAUUAAACAGAGCGUUUCAAACAAUCGCUCAAGAAGAACGUGUUAGAGGAAUUGCCAACCAUAAAGAAGAACCCCCUGAGGUGGUCGGCUUUGCAGCCCGGAUGGAGAAUAAACCGAAGCCACGCCUUUCGCGUGCGGAGAAGGCAGCCCUCGUAUGCACCUAUUGCCAGCAGAAGGGUCACGAUGCAAGCACUUGUUUUGCGAGACAUGGUGUGCCCGAGUGGUAUACCGAGAGAUAUGGGUUGAAGGAGCCCAAUAAACGACCUGUGGGACGCAGCAAUAAUACCUCUGAUCGAGGACAGAACACACAAAUUAAAGCCAAUGCCACCCCUCCUACGACUGCCCCUGUUUAUCCACCAGCCGCUGCACAAAUCCCACCACUCUCGGCCGAACAGUGGCAGGCAGUCAUGGCUGUCAUGGGGAACACCCAACCCCCACCCCAUCGUGUGAAUGGUAAGUGGAUUAUCGACACCGGAUGUUCUCAUCAUGUCACCGGAAAUCUUUCAUGCUUGACCGAUGUGCGUGAAGUGUCUCCUUGUAAUGUGGGCCUUCUGGAUGGACAGAAUGUUAUUGCCAUGAAGGAGGGAGUUGUCAAACUCACUGAAAAAAUCACUCUUUCUAAUGUUCUUUUUGUGCCUAAAUUAAAUUGUAACUUAAUUUCGGUUUCACAAUUGUGCUUUACUAGCUCUUGUGAAGUCAUAACUAACUCUCUCACAUGUACUAUACAGGACCAACGCACGAGGGAGGUGAUUGGCACGGGUGAUCUAAGGGAUGGACUAUACUAUUUUCGGGAGGAGGCAUCCAUAGCGGCCGUUUCUAUCGAAGACUCGUCCAAUUUGAAGCUUUGGCAUAGACGAUUGGGACACCCUUCCGAGAAAGUUGUAAAGCUCCUUCCUUUUCUUAGCAACUCUAGGGGUCAUUUAAAUAAAGAUUGUGAGGUGUGUCAUAGAUCUAAACACACUAGGGACAAAUUUCCUUUAAGUGAAAAUAAAGCUUCUCGUAUUUUUGAAAUUGUUCAUUGUGAUUUAUGGGGGCCGUACAAAGAACCCUCUUCUUGUGGUGCACACUAUUUUUUGACUUUGGUUGAUGAUUAUUCUCGUGCCGUAUGGAUAUAUUUAUUGAAUGAUAAAACGGAGGUGUUUAAGAUGUUUAUGUCCUUUAUAGCCAUGAUUGAUAGACAAUUUUCUCAGAAAAUUAAAAUAGUCCGUAGUGAUAAUGGCACUGAAUUCUUUUGCUUGAAAAAUUAUUUUUUGGCUCAAGGCAUUAUUUUUCAAACAUCUUGUGUGGGAACCCCUCAACAAAACGGGAGAGUAGAGAGAAAACACCAACACAUUCUCAAUGUUGCUCGUGCCCUUAGAUUUCAGGGGGGGUUACCAAUUUAUUUUUGGGGAGAAUGUGCUCUUGCGGCGGCUCAUCUAAUUAAUAGAACACCAACUGUCCUUAUAAACAAUAAAACUCCAUAUGAAAUCUUAUUUGGCACCCCACCAUUGUUUAGUGAGUUGCGGGUUUUUGGGUCCUCGUGUUUUGCUCAUAAUCAAAGGGCAAAAAGUGACAAAUUUGCGAGUCGUAGUCAAAAGUGUGUAUUUGUUGGGUACCCUUUUGGUAAAAAGGGAUGGUAUUUAUAUGACUUGGAUAAAAAGGAGUUCUUUGUCUCAAGGGAUGUUCGUUUCUUUGAGGAUGUGCAUCCAUACUUGGAUGCCGACGGUACAAAUAUUGAUGUUUCAACACCUAACAUGGAUGCUAGUGUUGACUUGGGAGGGGACUUGGAUGCUACAUACAUACUCGAUGAAGACCAAGCCACCCUCGACGAAAAAAGGCAGCAGCAGCCGCCUGUGGUUACGGUGCCGCCACAGCCGGCUGUGGCUGCUGUUCCGACCCCCGAAGCUACGGUCCAAGAGGACCCGACAGCAGCAGCCACGACCCCUGAUGACAUGGGGCGUGGUCAUCGACAAAAAUUUGUGUCGACUAGACUCAAAGGAUUUGUGACUCAUGCUCAGGUUACCCGAAAUAGUCCAUCUUCUUCACCUGCUCCAGUUGCUCCACCUCCCCCAGGUAUGUCGUAUCCUAUAGCACAUUAUGUUAGUUGUGAUAAGUUUUCUGCGAAACAUCGAAAUUUUGUUGCAGCUAUAACAUCAGGUAAAGAGCCUCGUUUCCUUCAAAGAGGCAAUGUGUGA